UAGUAAAUAAAUCUUUUUCUUCAUCUCCUUCUUCCAAUAUUUCCCCUCUUUCCUAUUUCGAUCUCAAAAAAUUAUCAGAAAAUUUCAAAAAUCUCAAUUCUAGGGCUUGGGAUCGCAAAGGAUUUUGGGAGAAAGGGAGAAGCUGAUGGAGGAAUUAUCUCUGAUCGAUGUCUCGUCGGAGGACGAUGUCCUCUUGUCGUCUUCUAUCGAUUGCCAACGUGAUCUGAGAUCGUCAGGCUUUGUACAAAAUCAUGAUGGACAUGAUCACUUUGUUCUGGAUGAUGCUCAUGAAGGGGGCAAUCUGAUGAAAGUUAACAAGCAAUGGGAAAAUAUCCCUGAAAUAUCAGAAUCACCAGAACAAAAGCGGGCAAAGUCUGGAAACGUCAAUCUACGGAAAAGUUUAGCCUGGGAUAGUGCAUUUUUUACCAGUGAAGGUGUCCUAAAUACUGAAGAAUUAGCUAUUGUGAAUAGCACAUUCAGGAAGACUGAAUUGUGCUCAUUACCUGGAAUUGCCGAAGAAUUGCGAACAUCAGCAGAGUCAACUUCCACAUUAGAUAGUGAAAGUUACAAAUUGGAAAACAUUGAAGGGGACUUGUUUGGAAACAUACGAGCUUCCAUCCAACUGUCACGUAGUAAAAGUGAGUUAAAUGGGAAGCCUGAUGCAUCUCACCAGAGCGCAAGGAAGAAGAUAGAACUUCCUUCUCAAACUAAGAUGAAACCUCCUGCUGCUUUGAGGAUGAACAAGCAACAACCUGGACAUACUUCUAAGAAAUUUGUCAUUGAUGUUAAAGAGGCUGGAAAAGCAACUAGAGACUCAAAAUUAUCAUCCAAACCACCUCGAGUUGUGCCUAAACCCACUUCUUCGCCUACCAUACAAAGCAAUAAGGACUCUUCUGGGAGAAUACAGCCAAAGAACAACACCUGGAGGACUUCAUCUGGCAGCGGUCCUAAUCGGCAGGGUAUAAUUUCUUCUAGUAAGAUUAGUGGAGAUUCAAGAAAUAAGAAACCUAACCCUGUGUCCUCAACAGCUUUGAGCCUAUCGAGAAAUAGUCAAGUUAGCAGCUCAUCUAAUUUAGCUGGUAAGUCUCCAGCGGAGGCAACUAGGAAAUCUCCGGUGGAGGCAACAAGGAAACAAAGAGCUGUGAGAAAUAGCGGCCAGUCUUUAUCUACAUCAGCCAGCAACACCCCUGUGAGGGCAUCAAAGAGAAAGCUUGUGCCCUCAAACAUAAAUCAACCCCCAAUGCGUGCAAAUUCUAUUUUCAAGUUCUCGUCAAGGGCAUCUCCUAGUAGUUCCAUAGACAGUGUUGUCUCUGAGGUGUCUUCAUCUACCUCCACUUCCAUUAAGCCCAGUAAUUCAGUGGAGAGCCUUGGCAGUUCAUCUUCAUCAUCUCCUUCUUUAAGGGAUCCUAUUGAUACUAAAGUGGACAGAGUUGUGGCUCAUCAGCCAUGCAUCCAAAAGGAGAUUUCUCAUGUUAGAAGAUCCAUGAAUAACAAUGCAGGAGGAGCAAAAGGGUCAAAGCCAUCAGGACUCCGGAUGCCGAGUCCCAAAAUUGGGUAUUUUGAUGCGGAGAAAACUUUGCCCAACAAUUCCAACAAGAUUUCUCAGGUUGGCCUAAGAAACAGUUUGCUGAAGGGAAAUAGUGGAUCCAGUAACACUGUUGGGGCAAACAAACUCAAGUCCAGUAAGAUUCCUUCAAUAAAACCUCCAGUGCAACUUGUGUCCAUGAAUUUUCAUUCAUCACAGGCUCAAUCAACGCCAUUAUCUUCUCAAAUGAUGAGCCCAGCAUCGCCUCGAUCAAUUCAUCAACAAUCUAAACCUGCUCAGGUACACAAAGAUUCAUCUCCGGUGACCAGUGAAAGCUGUAUCAGUGUGGCUUGUAAAGGAGCUGUGAAUGCGGCUGCUCAGUUGCAAGUGCGGCCAGUAGAAACCUCAGAUUCCGGUGUAGUUCACAACGGAACAGCAGCACCAUGUCAAUUUGAUAACGAGGAAAAGCACACACAAUUAACUCAGAAGGAGAAUUUGAGUCCUGCAAAUGAGACCAAUUGCUCAGUUCAACAAUCGCCGAGUGAAUGUCAGAAAAUGUCUGUAGUCGAUAUCAUGGACAAGAAGAUGUCUUCCCUUUCUCUUUCUGAGACAGCUGACCUUGUUGGCGGUGAUUAGAGAAAUAUCCAAAAUUUGAAACUCCGUGAUUGAGACUCAUAAUAAAGUCAUGUAUCUGGAGCUGAAUUCAGCUAUGGAUUGAGCUGCUAAUAGCUAUUCACAGUGGUGAUCCGUCGAUAAUUUUUCUGUGAUUAAAUCAAUCAUAGCUGAUGUUACAAUUGGAAAUAA